UUUUUUGAUAGAUACCGGGUUAUAUUUGGUUAGAUUUUUUACAAGUUGGUGUCUGGGUAUGUGUUUUAAUAAUGAUUGCAUGACGAUUAGUAAUUUAUGUUUUGGUGACAUCUUUGACUUGUUUUGCUUAAGUUAGAUACUACUUUAGCAAAGGUUAGCACAACAAACGCUACGUCGUUAGCACUUCAAACGCUUGCUAGUCAGAUAAGCUAAACAUUGACAAUGGCCGGGAUAGUUAAAUGUUAACGUAGUGAAGGUCUGUUUGUAAUAUUAACGAUAGAUUAUUUUGAUAGAUUUAUUUAGAACAAGGUAAUAUAAUAUACUGUAACUAGGGAACUGGGAUGGUACUAAUAUUUAGUAUUGGGUAUGUAGCUAGUUGCAGUACUGAACUUCAACAAACUACAGUACUGCAGUGUAGCCACAGUUGUAUUUUAAAAUGGUGCAGUACUUUAGCUUAGUAUUAGGCUAUUACAUUAAUCUCCAGGUUUUGUUUUCAGUACUUAAUUACAUUUUCGACAUUUGGUGGUGUAUUUAACAACUGGAACUACACACUACAUGGGUGAACUGGUGGGAUUAAAGGAAAGUUGAAGUAUGGCGGCGGAGCAACAGAGGGGAAUCCGAGUCACAAAAGCUGAGCUUCUCUGUAAGGAUUCAUGUGGUUAUUAUGGCAACCCUGCAUGGCAGGGCUUUUGUUCCAAAUGCUGGCGAGAACGAACGCGCAAAGCAGAGGCUGACCAGCAGGGCACUGGGCCCUGCGACGAUGCAGGUUUCCCCCUUACAUUCUCUAAAUUUGAGGAAAAGAAGAAUAUGGAAAAGGGUCGGCGAGUUAAUACUAUGAGGAGGCUCUUCUGGGGUGGUCCAUCCCCUCCUAAACGCCCAGAGUCUUCAGAGGGCGAGGCAGCUGCCUUAAAAGCCUAUCAGAGCCUUGAGCCGGGAGACUUCACCAGUUUCCUAAAGUUACUUAGGAAGCCUUCUUCUCAGCGUCUGCAGUCUCGUUGUACUGCUUUUCUCAACACCAUGGAGGCUUACCACGAUCUGCCAGUGCAGAAGCAGUCUGACCUUGUUCAAGACUUUUACCAGAACAUUGCUGUGCAUUUCAGUAGUCUACCUGAGGUUCAGCUCUCUCAGAUGAUGGAGCACAUGGAGAAGUUAAUCAUGACGCGUCUUCACAAGUGGGUCUUCUGCCAUGACAGCUGUGAUGAUGAAGUGAAAGACUUGGCUCUCCAAAAGAGGAUACGGUCCUUAAACUGGGUCACCCCCCAGAUGCUGAGGGUGCCUUUCCCUGAUGAGAAGGCUGAGGUUUUUAGCGAUCCCUUUCUGCCUGCUAUAACAGCUGUAAUUGAGAUGGAUGCCAAGCGAGCUCCACAAGACAAGCUUGCAUGCGUGUCUAAGUGCAGUCAGAAUGUCUUCAAGGCUCUCUCCACAUCAAAUACUGAGCCAGCAAAUGCUGAUGACUUCUUGUCUGGCCUGAUUUAUGUGGUGCUAAAGGCCAACCCCCCCAGACUUUACUCCAACAUGCAGUAUAUGAUCCGCUUUGGCCUCCCACACACCCUGAUGGCAGGAGAAACUGGCUAUUACUUCACCAAUUUGUCUUGCGCUGUAGCAUUUAUUGAGAAGCUAGAUGGACCAGCACUCAACCUUGACCAAGAGGAGUUUGAAGGGUACAUGCAGGGACGUGCACCUUUAAAGAGGGGCAGUGAGAGGCGGAAGAUGGCCAGGGAGACUCAAGACAAACUACAGGACGUAAAGUGCAGACAGGAGGAGGUGGACCGAGGAAUGAAGAUUCUCAAAGAGCAGCUACAACAAUGGGUCCUGUCAGUCCAGGCAGAGGUAGACAAGGUGACAGCCCAGUCUGCUCUGGCACAAGGAGAAAUCGAAGCCCAGUCGGAGUCUUUGCAAAGCCAUUCUGUCUCUACAGUAACAAAGAAAGAUGUUGUCGAAGACCAGUCAGUUGUGACACUAGAGGAACAUGAGUCCGACUACAACACUUGUUUAACAGACACUUGUUAGCUAUAUAAAGACUGGGUUAAUCCUGGGUCUAAUAUGCUUAACUUUUUUGGAACUCAAAAUGUAAGGGUUUUUGAGUAGGACAGUAUGGCACACAUUUUGGUUUGGAGGGAUCCUUAAAAACAAACAUGCCUCUAUUCCUUGAUGCCAACUUUGCACAACAGCACAACCUGAUGGCAAUUGCUGAUCUUGAAACCCAUGUAAAUAAGCAGAUCUUCCUGCAAUUUGAUUUCACAGGCAACGUGCUGUCAUCUGUUUACAUCUUUGACUUUGUUUAACGUUUCUAUAGUUUCAUUUGUCAGUACAUUACUUAUUUUGUUUUUACUAUAAGAAAUGUAUACUUAAUAUAUCAAGAGAGAUUAGUUUUGGAUUUUGUAAGUCAAAUAUCUGCCCAGUAGGACAAUAGUUUUUGAGCACUUACUGGGGUAGUGAGCAGACAUAAGGUUGAAUGCUGCUAUUAUAUUUCUUAGGUGGUUGGUAGGGAUGUUGGGACAGGGUUAAUUUAUUGUAAUUAAGCGCUCUGGCAACUCCUUGUGGUGUGUCCAGCCCCUGCCAUCUCACUUGUUUUGAAAGAGAAUGCGCUGUUAUGAAAGUGUAUAGCUUUUAAAGGAAAUGUCCUGGCUGAGCAAGUGGUGUGAUAAGAAACAAUGUCUUGGCCUGAUCUGCUUAGGUCAUACUUCUUCCUGAACUCCAAAGCCAGUUGGGACCUUCUGCCAUGGGGCAUGGCUGUAAUAAUGAAUUGUGCUUCAUAAAAAUGAGAUACCUUUGUGUUUAGGGAAACCUGAUGAAAUACUUAAUUAAUUGUGAAACCUGUCAUAGAUGAACCCUCUGAAGUAGAGCGGUCUCAGUCAAAGUGGAAUACUUUAUUGAAUGAUGACAUUACAAUAUUACCUAAACUAAUGGUACAGUUAAAUACCUUGCAUGUUUAUAUUUAAAUGAAGUUAAUAUCUGAUCUAGUUGUAUUGUAUUCUUUAAUAGCACUAACUUGUGAAGUACCUGUGUUUGAAAUUACAUGUUUAACAAUCAUGAAGAAAUAUUGUUGGUGAAUGUACAACAAAACAUUUUAUUAAAGAAAAAGCUGACUAGAAA